UUUUGACACUUUGGACCUUUCCUUAACUGCCUCAGUGCCAUUGUCCCAAUUCAACGCAAUAAAUCUAUUUUCCACAUAACACCACACCGUCCAUUGCAUGCUCUCUUGGUGUCUCCCCAAAACGGCUCCACUAUAUACUAUUAAUCCCUCUAUGAUCUAAAUCACUCUAAAAAAAUUGUGUGCACAAAACAAAUUAAUAGAGCAUACCCAUAUUUUGAUUAGUGAAUUUUUCCUAUACACAAAUGGGAUCAAAGAUAGGUAAUUCCCCAUUGAAUGUUUUGUUUGAGAGGUUGAGGAAAUUGUCAAUGAAAGUGAAGAUCCUUUUGGGGGUAUUGUUUGCUUUAUGUGCUUUGGUGGCCUUAAAGUUAAUCGUCAAAAGGCACUACUAUUUCUUCAUAGCCUCUGAAGUAGCCCAUGCUGCUGGGACAAUUGCCCUCGUAUACAAGCUUUUCGCCCUAAAGACCUGCUCUGGUUUAUCACUUAUAACCCAAGAGCUCACAGCUUUAUUCCUAGCAGGAAGAAUAUGUUGUAGCAACUUCGCAGUGGCUAGCAUGCACACCUAUCUAGAUCUGAUAUCUCUUUUAUCAACAUUAUUGAUCAUAUGGAUGAUAAGAUUCAAGUUAAAGUCAUCCUAUAUCAAAGAGCUUGAUAAUAUGCGACUAUACUUUGUGGUGGUGCCUUCUGCAAUCCUUGCCAUAAUAAUCCACCCUUAUUCACCUCACUGGAAUUUCAGUCGAAUUGUUUUCGCAUUCAGUUUAUAUUUAGAAGCUGUUUCUGUUCUCCCUCAACUUCGUUUUCUGCAGAAUGCAAAGAUGAUUGAAACAUUUACAGGGUAUUAUGUAUUCGCUCUCGGUGUUUCAAGAUUCUUGGCACUGGCUCAUUGGAUAAUUCUGAUUUAUGAGACUCGAGGGGGAUUUCUAUUUUUGGCUGGGAGUGGCUAUUUCUGGUUCUUGGCAGCUUUUAUCGCAGAGAUUGUUCAAUCGUUCAUCUUAGCUGACUUCUGUUACUAUUACAUAAAGAGCUUCAUGCAAGGACAACUUUUGAGGAAAAUGCCUGUUUAAGGAUCAUGAGACUUAUAUUGAUGUACAAUGUUUGAUUAUUAAGACUUUUUUUUUAGUUAAGCAUACAGUAACUUUGUUCGAGGCCAGUUAUCUCCUUUUCUUUGAUCAACAUUUAUUCUAUAGUUCAAAGAACAAAUUUUAAACAUGUAAUAUCUACAUUAAUUAUUAUAUAGAUACAUUUCUAAAUGGAA